AUGAAUACGUUCCGUGCGUACGACAGCGAGGACCAAUUGAUCAGACACGCUCUGUAUUUAGACUGCGGUCACACGUUGCCGGCGUCGCUCGAGACGGACACUGGUUUUCACGCCGAAUUCGACGCCUGGCUCGAGGCGGCGACCGAGGCGGCUCCCCGUCGUUACAGGUCAAACGAGUUCGAUGAAGAUGUUUUGUUCGACGACAUCAAGUCGCUAGAGUAUAAGUCGCUCAAGUUUAGUAAUCAGCCCACCAUCGAGCGCGCUGAGGCUGAUAUUGAGAGAGCAGAAGCGGAGGGCGCACGCGCCGCCCAAGCGACGACAUUUGCUUCAGCCAGAACUCUCGCCCGAAACAUCGAUGUAAGCACCGCAACUGCGCCGAGCGGGAAUGAUCUCACGUUCAACACGCGCUGUGCGAGUUUGGUUCAGUGUAAUGUGUCGCUAAAGUCAAGCAGAGUGAAUAUUCUUGACUUUCUAGCGAGGGCGCCUCGAGCGUCUCCGCUUCUUCGAAGCUUGGACGGGGCAACAUUGACGUACGGGCAAGCGAUCGACUUCAUAACAAAAGGGGACGGUGAUUUACGUAAACUUGGGGCAGAUUCGUCAUCUGUUUUUGCGUAUAAUGUCCCUCCAGGCCCGGUCGGUGCGCUAGCUUUUCUCGCCGUCGCGUCGCAGUGCACCGCCGUCCCUUUGGACCCCGGCAUCGCCGAGGAAGACGCCUACGAAGCCCUGACGUCGUGUCGAGUGUCAAUGCUUGCGUUAUUUCGAGGAACCGACACUGAAGCAAUUGAAACGGCAGCUUCUCGAGCUCAUAUACCGAUUAAAUGGUUCGUGAUGACGGAAGCUGAUACUAAACUUGCCGGUUUGUACGCGCCGGAAUCGUCUCAAUCGUCAACGAGUGACGUCGCGCCGCUCGUACAAUCGAGUGAAACGAUCGGUCUUUUGCUUCGAACUUCUGGGACGACAUCCAAGUCAAAAGUUGUUCCGUUGGUUAUCGGCGCGUUGACUUCAAACGGCGCUACGCUGGCGGCUUCUCUUGAACUCAAAGCUUCAGACGUUUGCAUCAACGCCAUGCCUCUUUUUCACAUCGGUGGCCUUUCGUGUUCCAUCUUGGCGACGAUCGCGGCGCACUCUUCUGUCAUCUGCUGUCGUAAGUUUGACGCUCAAUCGUUUUAUGACACCAUUACGACGUCGCAUGAAGUCAAACCGACGUGGUACUCAGCAAUACCGACGAUUCAUUUGACAGUACUGCAAUACGGUCAAGCUGUGGCUCGUGGCGCAAAGCCAUCGCAUGCUCUUCGUUUCAUACGCUCUGGCGCGGCGGCGCUCAGCCAUGCCGACGCAGAAAAGUUGCAACGAUUUUGGGACGUGCCGAUAAUACCGACGUAUAGUAUGAGUGAACAAAUGCCGAUCACUGGUAAAGGUGUCCACGUUCCGCUCGCCGAGCGUGCGGAUACCGUGGGCCAGCCUCUCUGUUGUUCGUUUGCGCUCGUCGGUGAUGGUCAUUGCAGACUCACGGCACCUUUUGGACAGCAAGGUGAACUCGUCAUCAGCGGUGAUAACGUGAUGACGGCGUAUCAAGAUGCGGAAGAAGCUAACAAUAAGACUUACUUCUACGUUGCCGAUAAGCGUUACCUUCGCACUGGCGACAUCGCAAAGAUGGACCACGAUGGGUUUGUGUACUUGACUGGUCGUAGUAAGGAACUUAUCAAGCGCGGGGGUGAGCAAGUGAGCCCAUUAAAAGUCGAGGCUGUGCUCGUGCAGCAUCCAUACGUGCGUGUUGCGGUAGUCUUCAGCGUUCCUUCGGCGCUUUGGGGAGAAGAAGUGGGCGCCGCGAUCGUAUUGACCGACGACUUUGAUGGGCACGAAGACUCGGCGCUCUCUUCAAUCAAGUCUUUCAUGGGAACAUCGAAAGAACUAUCUCGAUUUGAAAUUCCUGUACACUGGAAAUUUGUCGCUGACGAAGAUUUACCCAAAACAUCGACGAAAAAGUAUAAGCGUGCGGGUUUGGCCGAGAUUUUAAACGUC